UCAGUGCCCGAUCGCAGUUGAGACGGGCUGGCCGAUGGCGACCAAGACCGAAAAUUUGUAAUUUUCCAUGGAUUUCGGUCACAAUACAACGGUCUGUCUUCUUGAAUGUGUUUCUCUGUAACGCUGCUGAUGUUUUACCGACCAACGUGAAUGGAGUAUCUUGUACACUACGGAAACUGUGUUGCACUUGGAACGUCUUUGCCAAAGAAAUUUGACCCUCUGCGUCGGGAGGAGUGUAUUCUAGCUAAGCUCAGCUCCAUUUUUUUUACAGCCGUCAUCCAACCUGUCAACGAAUGAAAUGGUCGCCGUUUAACAGUGGAAAGUUUUGUGGAUAGGAUACCAUAUAAUUUACAAGGGGACCUUGACCGCCUCACGAUAUGACCGUGUUUAGCUCCCAAGUGCUGCUUGCCGUAACGAGAUCAAGGGGUUCCUACUUGCUCUCCAAGCGCCAUGGCUGUGCCUCUCUACCCUCCACCGCCUGCAUCCGCUACCACUCGGACUUAUCCGGCCGCGCCGUCCUAAUCGCCCGAGUCCUCCGCCCCGUGUACCCACGAUGCCCCUCCUCCUCCGCCACAAACUACGCCCGCCACGGCUGCGUGCCGGCCCGGCCCCUGCACAGCGCCUGCACCUGGCUCCAGGAGAUCAAAGACACGCCGGGAGGCGCCCAGGCUACCACACCGCCGAGCGAACCCACUCCACCUGCACCCCCGCCUCCCCCGGCUGCUGCUGCUGCUGCUUCUACGGCAGCAGCGGCGGCAUCAUCGUCGCCAUCUCCGGCCGCCACAGCCGCUGCCUCCAGCAAGGCGGUGGUCCGCAAGUCCCUGGGCCAGAGGUUCGUGGAUGAGCUACGGCACUACUAUGACGGCUUCCGGUUACUGGGCAUCGACACCAAAAUCGCCGGGCGCAUGGUGUGGAGGCUGCUGCACGGACAGCUGCUCACCAGGAGGGAGAGGAGACGGCUGAUGAGGACGUGUGCGGACCUCUUCCGUCUGGUGCCCUUCAUGGUCUUCAUCAUCGUGCCCUUCAUGGAGUUCCUGUUGCCCGUCUUCCUCAAGCUCUUCCCCGAGAUGCUGCCCUCCACCUUCGAGACAGAGACCAAGAAGGAGGAGAAGCAGAGGAAAGGACUGGCAGCCAAGCUGGAGCUGGCCAAGUUCCUCCAGGAGACCAUCGCAGAGAUGGCCCGCCGCAACAAGGCCGCUGUCUCCGGAGACGAGACGCAGAAGUUCUCCACCUACGUACAGCAGGUGCGCCACACGGGCGAGCAGCCGAGCACCAAGGACAUCGUCAAGUUCUCCAAGCUGUUUGAGGACGAGCUGACGCUGGAGCACCUGGAGCGCCCCCAGCUGGUGGCUCUGUGCAAGCUGCUGGAGCUGCAGCCCAUCGGCACCAACAACCUGCUGCGAUUUCAGCUGCUCAUGCAGCUGCGCAACAUCAAGUCUGACGACGAGAUGAUUGCUUCGGAGGGCGUGGCUGCCAUGAGUGUAGCGGAGCUGCAGGCCGCCUGCAGGAGUCGAGGCAUGAGAGCGCUGGGGGUGACAACCGAUCAACUGCGGCAGCAGCUGCAGCAGUGGGUGGACCUGCACCUGAAGGAGAACGUGCCGCCAUCUUUGCUGCUGCUGUCUCGGGCCAUGUACCUGACCGACCUCACGCCCAAGCCACCAGUCAUCCCACCUGUCCCCAAGCUGGAGAAGGCAACCCCUCCCCCAUCAGAAGCAGAGGCCGCGGCCAAAGAGAAGCCCCUCUCUGCCUCUCUAGAAGUCCUGGUGGACACGGCUCCCAUCAUUAAGGACCGCAAGGCGGAGGAGUUGCUGGAGAAAUCCAGGUUGCUGGAGAUGCCGUCUCCUGAGGCUCAGCUUAUACAUGCGAAAGGAGCAGAGAUGGCGCAGAAGUCCAAGAUGAGCGCUAAUGGGUUGUGAGGAGAAACGCCUCUACCACCUCCGCUACCAACCACCACCACCAAAACUUGAUGACAUUAGACAACCCCAACCCUUUCCUUCCCUCCCUCUCUUCUUUACCUUUCCCUUCACACUCAAACCUUGGUCUAAACUCAAAUCGCCCAACCUCAGUGCCUGGAGCAGAGGAGAAAUGGGGGGUGGUCCUAAUUCAAGCCACCGCCUGAAACCUCCUCGUCCUGUCUCCAUCCUUAGCAACUGAGGAACACAAGAGAAGCUUGCAUCAUAUAGUAUGUAACCCGCUCAUGGAAACGGAAAGGAAGGAGAGGAAUGCCCUUUGACCCCCACCCCUCCCUCCUCC